AUGCUUCGCCUGCUUGUUCCCAUCACUCUUGGUUCUCUCCUCGCCAGCAACGUCAAUGCAGCAGCCUGCUUGCGCUGUCCCGUCUCAAUCACCUAUACCACACCUAGCGGUUGCCCAGCUCUCAACUGUAUCGAAGCCACCUGCACUGUGACAACCACAACAACCAUUCCAACCUCUUACUGCAGCACAAAGACCCGUACCGCAUGUGUGCGCUCCUGUGCUGCUUGCUACACCGAAACCAUCACCGAGCAAGAAGAACCCACAUUCGAACCAACAACCAUACCCCCAGUCACCCCUACUGCGCCUGCUGAGCCAAACACGACCAUUAACCCUGGAGGCCCUAUUAUCAUUCUCCCUACGGAUGCUCCUUCGCCUACUGAAUGUGCUCCGUACACGAUCACAACUACUGCUUCCAACCCAGCGUGCACGUUCGACACUUCGACAUGUAUCAGACCUCUGUGUGUGUUUGAAACUACGACUACGAUUCCUCCUUGUGGUCUUGCCGUGACAGAGACUGAGCUUGCGGCGUGUGCUACUGGAUGUCCGGCUGGCUGUGCUACGUUCACUUAUACCACUACCGGCGGACCAGCGUCCUCUACAGCUCUUGACUGA